GAGAUGGGCCCACGGAGGAUGGAAUCUCUCAGCCUUCGGCAACUGCUGCUGAUCGGGAUCUGCCUCCAGCAAGGAGCAGCGGCAGCAGGACCAGUCUGUGGCCAGCAGAGAGUCUAUAGCCGGAUCGUCGGUGGGGUCAAUGCCCUGAGAGGGGAGUGGCCCUGGCAGGCCAGCCUGCAGCUCCGCGGGGAGCACAUGUGUGGAGGGACCCUGAUCGGUGACAAAUGGAUUCUGUCAGCUGCUCACUGCUUCAUCGGGAAAGACACGACCAAGGACCCAUCCGCCUGGAAGGUGGUGCUGGGGCGUCUGCAGCUGAAUGGUGGCCCGUUACAGGGUGUAGUGCGGAACGUGUCCCAGAUCAUCACCCAUGAGCAGUACAAAGACUACACCAAGGGCUUGGACAUCGCCCUGCUGCGGCUGGAUGAACCUGUCUCCUUCAGCCGUGACGUAGGCCCCAUCUGCCUGCCCUACCCCAACCACCGAUUCGCCUUCGGGUCCCAGUGCUGGGCCACCGGCUGGGGCAGGGUGAAGGAGGACAUGACCCUCCCACCCCCCAAGCCUCUCAAGAAGGUGGAGCUGGACCUGCUCAGUGCAGAGACCUGCAACUGCAUCCACAAUAACCUGCGCCAGAAGGAGCUCUCCAGCCCUGCCGGGCCAGGGCUGAUCUGUGCCGGGUAUCAGAGUGGAGGCCAGGGGCCCUGCCAGGGUGAUUCCGGGGGGCCGGUGGCCUGCUCCGAGAACGGGACGUGGUUCCAGGCUGGGAUCAUGAGCUUCUCAGUGGGCUGCGCCCAGCCCCACAGCCCCAUCCUGCUGACCGAGGUCACAGCCUACACCGGCUGGAUCCAGAACCACACCGGGGGAGCCUCCUUCGCUGUCCAAACGGUGCCACCCCCCUUCAGCAGCGACCAUGGAAAAUGCAGAGGUUGCGGGAAGCUGAAGGGACAUGAGCUGAGUGUCACUGCCAAGGGGCCGUGGCCCUGGUACGUGAGCCUACAAUCUGGGGGGCAGCACGUCUGUGGGGGAGCACUGAUCUCCGAGAGCUGGGUGCUGGCGGCCGCUCACUGCUUCAUCGGGCGGCAGGAACCCGCAGACUGGAAGGUGCUCCUGGGUGAGCAGCGGGAGGGGGCAGAGUCACGCUGGCAAGAAGAGAGAGGCCUCCAGAAGCUCAUCCUCCACGCAGCCUACGUGAACAUGACCGAGGGCUCUGACAUCGCACUGCUGAUGCUCGCCAAGCCAGUGGUGUUUGGGGAGAACAUCUGGGCUGUCUGCCUCCCCUACGACACACACCGAUUCCAGCUUGGCAGCACCUGCUGGGUCAGGGGACGGGAGACUGCUCGGGCACCCGCACCGCAGUCACUACAGGGCAUGGAGGUGGAUCUCAUGGGACCUGUCGCCUGUAACUGCGCCUACAACCAGAGCAGCUCAGCUGGUGAGGCAGUGUCCAUCCUCCCAGACAUGCUUUGUGCUGCCCAACAGGAGGCGAACACCAGCUGUGAGGGCGAUGAUGGGGGGCCUCUGAUUUGCAAUGAGAAGGGCACCUGGUUCCUGACUGGCCUCUCCAGCUUUGGCAAUGGCUGUGGGAGGAAGAGCCAUCCCGGGGUGUACACAGAAGUUAGAGCAUACGAGAAAUGGAUCAUGGACAUCACGCGGGAUGGUUACUUUGCCAAGCAGCCCAUGCCAGUUCCAGUGGUCGUAGAAGAGGACAGAUGCCCAAUGAAGCCUACUCCAAGUUCCAGUGGAGAGGGGGAAAAGCCAGUGCCAACUACUGGUGGUACCACAAGAGGAGAAGGUUCCAGUGGAGAGGGGGAAAAGCCAGUGCCAACUACUGGUACCACAAGAGGGGAAGGAAACGAUGUGGGUGACUCAGAGACACGCCCUGACUAUCCGUCUCUCUCUCCUGCAGGUUCCAGUGGAGAGGGGGAAAAGCCAGUGCCAACUACUGGUGGUACCACAAGAGGAGAAGGUCCCAGUGGAGAGGGGGAAAAGCCAGUGCCAACUACUGGUGGUACCACAAGAGGGGAAGGUUCCAGUGGAGAGGGGGAAAAGCCAGUGCCAACUACUGGUGGCACCACAAGAGGGGAAGGUCCCGGUGGAGAUGGAGAAAAGCCAGUGCCAACCACUGGUACCACAAGAGGGGAAGGUCCCGGUGGAGAGGGGGAAAAGCCAGUGCCAACUACUGGUGGUACCACACGUGGGGAAGGUUCCAGUGGAGAGUGGGAAAAGCCAGUGCCACCCGGUGGUGCCACAGAAGAGGAAGGUUCCGGUGGAGAGUGGGAAAAGCCAGUGCCACCCGGUUGUGCCAAACGAGGAGAAGUUUCCAGCAGAAAGGGGCAGAAGUCAGUCCCACCUGGUUGUGCCAAACGAGGGGAAGGUUCCAGUGGCAAGGGGCAGAAGCCAGUGCCACCCGGUGGUGCCAAACAAGGGAAAGGAAAAAAAGUGAAGGAACACAAAGGAAAGAACCAUGUCUCUUAGCCACCGACCCACAAAAGAGAAUUCUGCUCCCCCCAUGCUCCGUCUGUUUGCUUCACCCAGUGGAAGAUUGUCACGUGCUAAUCGGCAGCUCUGUCUAUUUCCUGUGCGGUCCCA